GAUUCUUUGAUUUAGCUGAUUGGAGCCGUCUGACCAAGAGAAAAUUUUCUAUUGGGUCAAAUGGUACCGAUUUCCCGCUUGUGGGAGACAAAAUCCUCGUAAGCCAGUAAAAACUCACUGAUGUAAUAUCAUCGUGGCAAGUUUCCCUCUUUCCUCCGGCUCCCAGGUCCUAGUCAACAUGUUCAACGUCUUUGACGAUCUGAAUACCCGUGUAGCUGAUUCGUUUGUAGGAAAAUACUUUCGUCUGGAGGGCUCAGGCCAUCCUAAUGAACGAAUUGGAUCUCGGUUCACAAUUGAAAUACGAGCUGGUCUUACAACAUGGGCUGCAAUGGCUUACAUCAUAUCGGUAAAUGCGACUAUUCUAUCGAAUUCCGGAGGUAGCUGCGUCUGUACAUCCGAGACUGAUCCUACAUGCACCACCGACGUCGCCUAUCUCUCUUGUGUCAACGACGUACGCAAUGACCUGAUAACCGCGACUGCAGCAAUUGCUGCUCUAGCCUCUUUCCUCGAGGGUCUUCUUGCAAACUUACCAGUCGGGAUUGCUCCAGGCCUAGGACUAAACGCCUAUUUUACUUAUUCCAUCGUUGGCUUCCAUGGUUCUGGCGUCAUCACAUAUCGCGAAGCUCUGGCAGCCGUGUUUCUUGAAGGAUGGAUAUUCCUAGCACUGUCUUUACUCGGAAUUCGACAAUGGCUCGUCAGAGUCAUGCCCCAGUCUCUAGUUUUAGGGAUUGGCGCUGGGAUUGGUCUCUUCAUUGCGCUAAUCGGACUAUCGACUCAUGGACUUGGUGUUAUCGGAGGCGAUACUACGAACCUCGUUGGACUCGGGGGAUGCAAGCCCACCGACUGGAUUGAGGGGAUGCCGAAUUACUGCGCUCAUGGUGUGCUGCAGAGCCCAACGAUGUGGCUUGGUAUCUUCACUGGGGGAUUGCUAACUGUCCUCCUCAUGCUGUACCAUUUUCGCGGCGCCAUCUUGAUUGGAAUAUUCUUGACGUCCAUCAUAUCAUGGCCAAGACCGACCGCUGUGACAUAUUUCCCACACACCGAUGCUGGUGAUGUUCUUUUUGACUAUUUCAAGAAGGUCGUUACAUUCCAUCCUCUCAGCAAAGUCGGUAACACCAUAGACUACAACUAUGGAAAUGGCAGAGUAUGGUACGCAUUGGUCACCUUCCUCUACGUCGAUAUCCUAGACGCCACUGGUGCACUUUACGCAAUGGCCAAGUUCGCAGGUUUACGAGAUCCCGUCACAAUGGACUUCGAGAAUUCUACCUGGGCGUACUGUGUGGACGCGUUUUCUAUCAGUAUGGGUGCGUUAAUGGGAACUAGUCCUGUGACCGCGUUCAGUGAGAGCGCGACCGGUAUAAGUGAGGGCGGUAAGACAGGAAUCACUGCAAUGGUUACUGGAUUAGCCUUCUUUGUUUCAGUCUUCUUUGCACCGAUCUUUGCGUCAAUCCCAUCCUGGGCCACUGGAGGUGCACUAGUCAUCGUCGGCUCCCUCAUGAUGCGAAAUGUCCGAGAAAUCAACUGGGACUUCAUUGGUGACAGCGUUCCUGCUUUCUUGACCAUAAUUAUUAUUCCUUUGUCUUACAACAUUGCCUACGGCAUCAUCGCCGGAAUUUUAUCCUAUUUGAUCCUCAACGGUCUUCCGUGGGUCAUUCGAAAACUCACAAAUGACUGUAUUGUUCCUCCCGACUUGGAGAAUUCGGAAGGGUGGGCAAUUCCUCCUGGUAGUAUGAUGCCGCCUUGGAUGUUACAACUUAGCGCAAGAUUGAACUUUAUCGAAAAACGAUCGGAGUCUCACUCAUCAACUUCCAGUGUGGAAAUGGCCUCUUAAGAUUAACGGAACUUGCACUUGCAUUCGUCUACGUCGUUAACCUGGCUGACCCUGAACCCUGCACCGAGCCAGGUGUGCUGUGUGACAAACUGGAGUAGCACCGGCUGGGUACGAGUGCUAAAGCACGCGUGCUCAUGGAGAAGGCCAUGACGU